AUGGACGAGACUUCAACAGAAGGUCUUGAGGAACUUGGAGAGGCAUGCCAACACCAGUUGCAGGCCUACGCUGCUGUAGGACGUGUCAAGGGAAAAGACAAAGGCAAAGGAAAGGGCAAGAGGGUUGUGAGGACCCAAUUGUCCAUCGAAGACAGGAAAGUCAGACUUGCCAGUCUGAAGAAGAACAGCCGAUGCCUACGAUGUGGAGGCUAUGGACACUGGGCAGGUGACCCAGAAUGCAAAAUGCCAAACAAGAAGCCGAAUGCCACUGCAUCAGCCCCAGGCCAAACGUCGAGCCAAGGAAAAGUUGGCUACCUGGCCCUGAGUGAUUCCUCAGGAGAUGAUGACUUGCCUUGUGUGGUCAUUGAAGCAGGAACCAAGAAGAAGUCGUGUCCAAGAGUGCCUAGGAUGCCCAACUUUCGUGCCAGACGAGAGAACCCAAUGGACGACAUGAGUCUUCCACCAGGGAGCGAUCAUGUCUUCACGUUUGGGCAGCACAAGGGGUACACGUACCAUGAGGUGUUGAUGCAGUACCCAGGGUAUUAUGUUUGGGGUCGCAAUGAACCAGGAACGUCUAGGAUCCUGAACCAGUUCUUGGAUUGGGUUGAUAUGUACUAUGAUGUUGACCAUGGAACCCAUCAAGUAACCCCAAAAGCAGCCCCAGAAGCAGUGGAGCCACGACCAAGCCCUGUGCCUGGAUCGAAGCACAAGACUGCAGCCAGAAAACCUCCAAACCCUCCUGUGGAGAUCCCUGGCCACGUCUGUAGGGACUUCAUGAGGGAAGCCUUGGGAAGGGCUGUGAGUCAGUCUGCUGCACCCUUGGUUGACCUGGCAGAAGAUCUGUUGAAGUAUGAAAGGUUGGAACUCCUUUUGAACACCGAAGAUACAGUGGCUGUGAUGCGCCAAUUUCAACAUGACUGUGAAAUUGGGUUGGAACAUGACCACCACAUGCGCGCCAGUGUCAUGGUUGACAUCCUGCGCAACGCAAUUGAGGCCGUGAUGGAAGCCAGAGAGACGACCCAUGCAGCCUACAUGGCACUCUCCCCUUUGGAGGACGAGCUGGAAUGUGAUGCACUUCCAGUGGUUGAUGUUGUUAAUGAUGAGCACGUUUGGGGAGUGUUGGACGAGGGUUGCAACUCAACUGUUUGUGGACAUGAUUGGAUGGAAUCAUGUAAGACCAAGUUGAAAAAGAUUGGUUUUGAUGCACCCAUGCAGUCAGAUGAACAGAAGGCAUUCAAAGGUCUUGCAGGCAAUGUGCGCCCCAAAGGUCGAUACAGAAUCCCAUUUGCACUGGAACCUGAAGGUGGUAAGAAGUUGCCAGGUGUUUUGGAAACGUAUGUGGUUGUGGAGCCUGGUGAUCCUACACCUUUGUUGCUGUCACAACAUGCUCAAGCAGCAUUGGGUUUGGUGAAGGACAUGGCAACAUCCACAUGCACACUUGGUAGGAAUGGACCCACCUUGAAGUUGCACAGAACCAAGGAUUCAGGACUUUUGUGUGUUUGCCUUAGCAAGGGUUUGAUCAACAUGUCGUUCAGACAAACUCCAACGCAGAUCAGGGAGUUGAGAACCCCUGACAACAUGGCAUAUGUCAGCACCACUCCUCGCACCAUGGCCCCUGCUGGACAGCAAGUGCUGAUCUACACUGCAGGGAAGGAUUUUUGCCCUCCUUUGGACGCCUACUGCAACGAUCCAUCAGCGCGCAACUUGGAGAGACUCUGCCAGAACUUUGGUUUGGGUGACAGAGAAGUCUUUGUGGUUGACACCCUGGAGCUGGGAGACCCUCAUCAUGACAAGAGUUUGAGGAGUCACAUUGGAACUCACCCUGACAUCUUGGCAGGGCUUGCGCGCAAUGACUGGACGAUGCAGGUCAUGCAUGCUUUGGUGAGGCGAGUGAAGCAGGCAGUUGAUGACAACAAGUCAGUUGCAGUGGUAGCCUACUGCAGGAGGAAUCGGCACAGGAGUGUGGCCCUGGGCUGGUUGGUUUCAUGUGCCUUGGAGUUCUUGCAGAUCAGUUGCAGUUUGACACAUGCAAAUGCUCGAACCAGUUGGCAGCAGAUGUCAGGUGGAUGUCGUGGCAGAUGUGAGCACUGUCAACAUGAGAACACAGAUGCCAAGACCGAAGCAGAGGAUCAUGCAGGGAAGUUGUGUGAUUUAGCUCGUUGUGAGAUGAACGAGAAGGACAUGAGUGUGUUGGAUGAUGUCUGUGAGGUGAGGGGUAUUGGAUUGGCACCAGUACCAAAGGCAGCACCCUCAGCACCAGCACCGAGAGCGCCAAGACCAAGAGAGAAGGACACCAACACCACCGAGAAGAUCGAGGUCUCCACCCAGAGAGGGACAGCAGACAGAGGAGUCGACGAAGCAGAAGCGACUCCAGAGACUCGAGGAGGAGAGGACGAUCACGAUCUCCAAGGGAAGGUCGCUACGGAGAAGCGCCUUGGCGUCGAGAGGGAGGAUGAUGGUACCUCCUGGAACAAGCGAGUUGAUGCCCACGGUCUUUCUGUGGAGCUGUUGGAUACCAUGUGGUAUGCAGCUGCUGUGGACCACCAGAGUGGCUACAAGCAGAAGUGCUUACGCUGGAUUGGGCCUUACUUUCCAGGCACAACAGCUGAAGAGAGAAAAGUGCAGAUCGUGGAGCAGAACAACAUGGCUGCGAACGUGAAAGUCGCAGUGCUUGGGCCAGACUACAUUGGGAUGUGCUUGCAAGAUGAAUCAUCCAGUGUAAAAGGUCUCAGGAAAUCUUGGGCAUCACCUUCAAUGAGGGUUGAAGGAUGGAGUGUCACCAUCUAUGACUACAUCGACAGAAGUUGGACUGUUGAUGGAACGUAUCCAGUGGAGUCAGAACUGGAGUAUCAGCAUGAGUCCGCUGGGAGGAUCUUGGUGUAUGCUCCCACAAGGGAAGCUGAGGACACACCUCCUGAUGACCCAGGUGAUGGAGGUAACAACGGCGACAACGGUGACAAUGGAGAUAAUGGAGAUGACAACAACGAAGGUAAUGGCCAUGAAGAUGGACAGGAUGACCAGAAGGAAAAUGAUGAAGUCGAAGAGAUCACAGAUGAAAGCACGCACCUUGCUGUGGCAGAGGAUGGUGGGGUAGAUGAAACCAUGGAACCCCAAGAACCCAUGGAUGUGGUUGAAGAAGUUCCCACAGCACAUGCUGCAGUAACUGUCCCAAAAGAGGAAAUCCCUGAACAGAAAACCCCUGAACUUAAGGCUUUGGGAGUAGUUAAGGGGACCCCUGAAAAACUUGCAAUGCCGCACUUUGCCAAGGCCUUGACGAUGCCUCCCAACAAAUACAUCGAUCUCAACAGCGACGACGACAAUGAUCCAAGUGGAGCUACUGGAUCAGAAGCAGUUGCGACUGCAGUGAAGCUAGAGGUGAAAACAGAGCAUAACCCAUGUGCGCUGUUGGGAGCCUUGAUGUCCAGUGAGUCAAGGGUAAUGGACAAAAAGGACAAAAGUGUGGUAACCUCAGGGUUGAAAAUCAUGCAGCAUGAGGACGAAGUCAUGAGGGCUAUGGUUGGGAUUUCUCAUUUGCAAGAAUCGGUUCACAUGUUGGUUUUGAAAGAUCCCACUGUCAAUCUGUCCAGUUGGAACGAUGUCCAUGUCAUGACUGUUGACCCCAGUUGGGAAGACACAUGCAAGAAGCUUGCAGCUAGGGUCUCAUCCCAGAGCCCUGGACUGGUUGCAGUGUACAUGGAAAGCCCCACUUGGAAGCAGAUCCAAGAUGUCCAUUGUGAAGCCGACAUGAAUCAAUGCACGGUUGUGGUUUUCACCCCAUACCUCGAGAGCCUGGUUGACAAGGGUUAUUGCUUUGGGGGUGAUUUGUGCCUGUUUGUUGCAGGAGACCGCAAUGAUGCACUGUUCAGGCUGGCAGUGGACUGGAACGAGGGUCAAGAGAGCAUGGCACCAAGGACAUUCCAAGACGCAUGCAACAUGGAGUUUCAUGAGCUGUUGAAAGGUCAUUCAGAGAAGCUUUACCUAGAUAGGUACGCACAGACAUGUUUUGUUGGUGAAGCAACGGAUGAGCUGUCUGGAUCGGAUGACCAGAUGCUGAAUGAUCCUGACAAGCCCCUGACUCCAGCAGAGAACGAGCAACUCAUUUUGGAUCAACUUGCAAUCCCUGGAGCCCCAUUGGAUGAGGUCCAGAGGAGAGCGCAAUGGAGAGCACUGCCCACACGAACUAGGAUUGCCAUCCGACGUUUGCACAGGCAAUUUGGCCAUCCAACACCUGCUACCUUGAAGAACAUCCUGAAGGCAGGAAGGGCAUCUCCUGAGCUGAUCGAGGAAGGUGGAGGACAGCCUACUUCAGAGGCAUGUGCCAAGGCAUUGAUGACCAAGUGGAUUGCUUGGGCUGGCUGGCCAAAAGCAUGCAUCAUGGAUCGAGGCCUUCACAACCGAGGCGCAGUGACCAAGAUGCUAGCCAGUCAUGGGUGUAAUAUCCAGUUUGCCCCUUUGGAAACCCCAGCUGCGAUAGUCACAGACAUGUCAGAGAGCACUGACUUGGGCGUGAUUGAAGCGAAAACAGAUCCAACUGUGGCGUACCACAAGGUGCACGCCGCAAGAAUGAGUGCACAGAGAGCCUUUGUCCAUUUGGACACAAGCAACAGGGUUGCACGUGCGCUGACACGCAAUGCAGCGCCCCAGCACAAAGAGUACCUAGUAGGUGAUUUGGUUUGUUAUAGGUCUGCCAACGAGAGCGAGGCCUUGGCUUUCUCCAUCUUGAAUGGGGAAUCUGUGCUGCCAGAUGCUAUUGUGUCCGGCCCUCAACAACAGAAGUACAUCCAUCUUGAAGAUGAACAACAAGGACCAAAGUUCCCAAACCCAGUUGGGGUCUUUGAUGAUGUGGAUGACGACGCCCCUCAGGGGAGCAGUGCGCCGUCAAGAGCCCCAGCAACACCAGGAAGACGGUCGAAGACCAAAGAUAAGACGGGCCAAUCAGAACGAGCUGGCCCGUACACACGAGCCGCUCCAAUGACCCCAGGUGCAUUGCCUGGUGACACGAUGAUGGCCGAGCUAGUGGACGGAGACCACUGGCGCAUUUCAAAAGAUGUCGCAAUCAGAGUCCAUACACAGCCCAGGAAGCGAGAGUACAACACGAUGGUUGAUGGUGAACUGCCAGAAGGUUUUCAGGACUCAGGUUUUGCAACAGUGAGAAAGAUCUUCAGGAAUGGGGAUGUAAAAACAAACGAAACGGGUAAAGUAAGUAACGUAGAAGAAACAGACGCUUGGACCGGUUUCACCGUUUUUCGAAGGGCACAAGACCCAUUCGAGCGCGCGCGAGCCAUGGAUCUGGAACUGGACUUGGAACCUCUGAGGUCCUUCAUUGCACAGCGCAUUGUGGAGGCCGAGGAGACGGUUCAAUCUGGGAAGGUGGCCAAAACAGUGGACAUCAGAAAGGUCUCACCAGAGAUCAGGACCUUGAUGAUGGAACCACGAACUGCAGAGUGGGAGAAGUACAAGAGCUUCAACGCUGCAAUUCCCAUUUGGGGAAAGGAGCUUCAGAAUCUGCUGGAUGAAGGUCACAAGGUGAUACCAUCUAAAUGGGUUGAAACAGAUAAACAUGAACACCUUAAGGGAACCCCAGAAUAUAGUCCCAAGAUGAAAGCUCGACUGGUGAUUUGCGGUAACUUCGAAGAUGUCAGUCGCGAAGAUGUGAGGUGCGAUGCUCCGACGGCAGAUGCGGAGUCCCAUUGCCUCCUGGCGAGUUGGGCAGCUUCGGAGAGGUUGCGUCUGAAGGGAAGUGACGUGACAAAUGCCUAUUUCCAAGCGAAGCCACUGACAAGGUUGCUACUGAUGAGGCAGCCGACAGGCGGACUUGGAGAUCCAGAUGUGCCUGCAGAAGCGUGUUUGCUCUGUAGGGUGCCCAUCUAUGGUUCAAUCGAUGCAGGUAGAGGUUUCUACUUGCGCAUGGAUUCAGAAGUGAAGACAGCAGGUAUGAAGGCGUCAAAGGUGAUGCCUGCCCUGUACUAUCAUCAGGACGAAAAUGGUGAAUUGGAUGCGAUGCUUUGCACCCACGUAGAUGACCUAUUGUUUGCCCACAAGCCAAGUGGAGCAAAGGUGAUCGAGGAGAUCCUUGGAAAGUUCUCAGUCGGAAAGACUGAAGAAGGAAGCUUCAGGUACUGUGGACGUCGGUUUACCCAGCACGAUGAUUUCACGAUCGAAAUCGAUGCUGAGGAGAAUACCAGAGGAAUCAAACCAAUUUGGAUUGACAAGUCCCGUAAGGGAACUGACGUUGUCACAGAAAAGGAGCUGACAAGCCUCCGGUCAGUGACGGGAUCACUGGCGUGGGUAGCACGGUACUGUCGUGCAGACUUGGCGUACAAGGUGAAUGAGCUGCAGAGACUUUGCAAUUCAAAGGCCACAGUGUCAGACUUGAAGCUGGCAAACAAGGCUGUUGAGCUGGCGCGCCAGAAUCAGAACAUGAAGCUGGUGUACAAGGCCAAUUGGAUUGACUGGAAGGAUCUUGCAGUGGUGACGUACAGCGAUGCGUCAUUCGCAAAUGAACCUGGCUGCAAGUCGCAGCAGGGCAGGAUCCACUAUCUAACUGCAGCUUCGCGUUUAACGGAGAAGGACCAUAGCAUCCAUGUGAUCGGGUUCGCUUCGUCAACAUUGAAGCGAGUGUGCCGAGCAACUUUGCAGGCCGAGUCGUACGCACUUCAGAGUGCGGUUGAACACGGUGACCGCUUGAGAUGUGUCCUGUGUGAAUUGACCGGCAAGUUGGCCACGAUGACUGACUGGCACGAACAAUGCCAAAUGAAAAUGAAACACGUUUGGGUGUCUGACUGCAUGAGUUUAGUCGAGCAUCUAAACGCAGAAGUGCCGAAAAAGGUUUUUAAGACAAGAGACUCGGAAUCGAGCUCGCGGCACUGCGACAGUCAUUGUGGACCGGGAAUGGCCAGCGGACUUCCCAGGAGUUUAUGCCCCACGGGGACGAACUUGUUUGGACGGAAACGUCCAAAAUGUUGGCCGACGCUCUGA